AUGUUCUCCCGAAGGAGCCACGGAGAUGUGAAGAAAUCCAUCCAGAAGGUGCUGGACCCGAAGAAGGACGUGCUGACCCGCUUGAAGCACCUGCGGGCGCUGUUGGGAGGACUUAUGAAAAGCAAAACUGAAGAAAGUGUAGAGAGAGGGGAUAAUAAUGGGGAAGGGUAUGGUCUGCAGUGGAAUCAAGAGUGUGAUGUUGAAGAGUUGGCUUCAGCUAAGGCCAGCUUGAAGGAAGCAAGGAUGGACUUAGAAACUUUCAGCCUUCAGUGCCAUUAUCCAAGGAAUUUGAACAAAAUAUUCAUUGAAGAAAAUAUUGCACUAAAUAUUGUGCUAGAUACAGGGGACAUGAUGAAUGAGACUGUGGGCUCUUAUAAUGUGGAUGCCUGUGAUCUUAAGCAGUUUUUUGAGACCAACUAUUCUCAGAUAUAUUUCAUCUUCUAUGAAAAUUUUAUAACACUGGAAAAUAGUUUGAAAUUAAAAGGGAAUAAUAAGUCACAAAGGGAGGAGCUGGACUCCAUACUCUUUCUUUUUGAAAAAAUACUGCAAUUUCUACCUGAACGGAUUUUCUUUCGAUGGCAUUACCAGAGUAUAGGCUCGACUUUGAAGAAGCUUCUACACACUGGAAAUUCUAUUAAGAUAAGAUGUGAAGGAAUCAGGUUGUUUCUUCUAUGGCUUCAAGCACUUCAGACAAACUGUGCAGAAGAGCAAGUGCUGAUUUUUGCUUGCCUUGUCCCUGGUUUCCCAACAGUCAUGUCAUCCAGAGGGCCCUGUACACUGGAGACACUCCUUAAUCCUAACCUUAAUGUAGCUGAUGCAAAGAUAUAUCCAGAAGAAAUCACUCCGCUUGUGCCAGCCAUAUCAGGGGAAAAGAUCACUGAGGACCAGACAUGCUAUUUUCUUCAGAUACUGUUGAAGUAUAUGGUCAUUCAGGCUGCAAGCUUGGAGUGGAAGAAUAAGGAGAAUCAAGAUACUGGUUUUAAAUUUCUUUUUACUUUGUUUCGAAAAUAUUAUCUUCCUCAUUUAUUUCCGUCAUUUACUAAGUUAACAAACAUCUACAAACCUGUACUUGACAUCCCUCAUUUGAGACCAAAACCAGCGUACAUUACUACAACUCGGGACAAUGAAAACAUUUACAGUACAAAAAUUCCAUACAUGGCAGCUCGUGUUGUUUUUAUUAAGUGGAUUGUAACUUUCUUUUUGGAAAAAAAGUAUCUAACUACAACACAAAACACUAAAAACGGAGUUGACGUAUUGCCCAAAAUCAUCCAGGCAUUUUUGCUGCCUUCCUGUGACAUAGCUAUAACGAGAAAAGUGGUGCAAGUAUACAGAAAGUGGAUCCUGCAGGACAAACCUGUGUUCAUGGAGGAGCCAGAUAAAAAAGACAUUGCCCAGGAAAAUGCUGAAAAAUUAGGAUUUUCAGAGACUGAAAGCAAGGAGGCAUCAUCUGAAAGUUCCGGUCAUAAGCGAUCUUCCAGUUGGGGGCGAACAUACUCCUUCACGAGUGCGGUGAACAGAGGUUGUGUAAUAGAAGAGGAAAGUAGGAACGUAAAAGCUGGUGCCCAGGUUAUGCUACAG